AUGACACCCAGUAUCGGCUAUGUCCACCCUACGCUGCUGCUGUCCCUGUCGGACCACCUCAAUCGGCACACAGCUUACACUGCGGGCAGCGCAAGCACCCUGUUCGGACUCAUUCUAGGACGACACACCAAGGGCGAAUCUGUGUCUCUGCUAUACUCCUUUGAGAUACCGGAGAUCGAGUGCACAAGCAGAGAGGAGUUUGAAAGACAUUUGAACCUCCUCGGCGAAGUGUACGGUAAGGGAUACCUCGAGCUCGUCGGGUUUUACGUGAUAAACGACGAGAAGGAGAGACAGGGAGACGGGAGGGAAAGAGAAAAAACGCAAGCAUUUCUACUUCAAAGACAGCUUAGCUUAUUGAAAGACAUAAAAAGCACCGGCUCGUCGGACUUGCCAUCGUUGUUGAAAACGAUAGACGUCGAUGAAAACCUUGUAUUUCUUCAGUUCCACACUCCGUUGGCAGCAGAACUCGAGGCAUCGGUGAACCUCUUCUCACUUGGCAGCAAUCAGGUAAGGUCGAUACCUUUUGAGAUACGCUUUUUAGGUGCAGAGAAGCUGAGUGUUGCCACGUACAACAAUGCACCAAAAAUGCCGGCCAAGCUCGACGAGCUCGAGGACUCGGGGAAAUCGGGCAGCGUGAACCUCAAGGACGUCGCCUCCGGGCUGCAAAACCUCCAUGAGAAGCUCGAGAAGGCGUUGUACUUUUUAGAGGGUGUGAAGACAGGUGCAAUCAAAGUGCCCGACUCCGGUGAGGAAUACGAAGCACUGCAGGCCUUAUCCAACCUUGCCGGACGAAUCACGGCCAUCAAGCGGAAACUGCACGAGAGCAAGAGUGCCGGUAUGAUUGACAGCAGUUCCAAUGCGGACGAGUUGAACGAGCUCGUCGCCGUGGGGUCGAUGUUAUCCUCAUUAUUCCGUAAAAACAUGGAUUACUCUAUAUAA